AUGGCCAGAGAAGGAGGCAAUGGAUGCAGGGACCCCAAGGAUGUCUCAGGGCCCGAGACCAAGAGUUUCCCUGGGCGGCAAGUGGCUGGGCGGCAAGACAAGAGCUGGAGGUGCCUGUGUGUGGCCAUGUCUCUGAACCUGGUCCUGGUGGUCACUGUUCUCAGCGUGAUCCUUCCGCAAGUGCUCUGGACUAGUCGGCAGCUGCGGACAGUGGUGACACAGCUGGAAGGGAAAGUGGCUUUGGAACUGGCCAACGCAGGACAUGCCCGGGACACCCUGCGGGCAGAGAUGUUCAGGCAGCUGGAGGUUCCCUGGGCCGGCAACCGCUCCUCCUGCCAGCCCUGUGAUGCCGGCUGGGGCACCUUCUGGGGCUCCUGCUACCUCAUCCGCCCUGGCAACUACAGCUGGAGACAGGCCCUGCAAGCCUGCGAGCAGGUGCAGGCUCACCUGGUCAUCAUCAACAGCUGGGUGGAGCAGACCACGGCCUGGAUCGGACUCUACAGAGAGGCCCAGGAAGGCACCUACUGGUGGAUCAAUAGCUCAGCCCUCACCUACACCAACUGGGAACCCGGAGAGCCACGGGGUGAGGGGCCUGCCCCGGGCUGUGGGGCGAUCCUGCCCCAGGGGGCCUGGAGCAGCUUCUCCUGCAGUGCCAAGGAGUUGGCAUGCAUCUGCGAGCGGCGGCAGAGUUGCUGA